GCCCACGCCACAUCGAGCGCUCUGAGUGCGAGUAUUCCACCCUGCUCAGCCCAAGCUCAGCCCAUCCUCAAUACAUACUUCUCCUUCUCCCAAACUUCUCCCCAAAGACUCCAUGGCCUCCGCACUCGGUGACAUCGCGGCCCUCCGGCUGUUCGCGUUCGACCGCGUUCUCAGCCAUGAUGCUGCAACCCAGACCAUCGUCCUCCUCGGCUCGUUUCCAGCUGAGGAUGGAUCCAACACUGCCAUCGUGCGCAUUGAGCGAGCCGCUCUGCCUGUCGACGAGCCGACCACGCUCCUUGAGAGCGCCGUCGCCGACGUCCGCCUGAUCGAGAGCAACGACAUAUAUACCUGGCUGCUAGGAUGGCUCGCGCCCUCUGCUGCCCGCCCGGACGUCAAGAUCAACAUCAUCUGUCCCGCGACCGACGUCCACAUCCGCAAGUACACUGCUCAGAAGUACCUCAUCGUCCACGAGACACCCGCCCUCUACGAGCGGAUCGUCAAGCCCUACAUCGACGCCUUCCCUGCCUCCCGCACCAAAUGGGUCCAGGACAUCCUCGACGGCCGCUCCGAGGCCGACAAGGUCCUCCACCGCGACGCCGCGUACGUCCUCCUCCCCGACAUGAAGUGGGACCUCGUCACGCUCGGCGCGCUCUACCUCGUCGCCAUCGCCGCGUCGCCCGCGCUCCGCAGCCUGCGCGACCUCGCCCGCGCGCACCUCCCCAUGCUCCGCAGCAUCCGCCGCGAGGCGCGCAGGGUCGUCGCCGAGCGGUGGGGCCUCGAGCGUGGCGCCCUCCGGAUGUUCGUGCACUACCAGCCGAGCUACUAUCAGUUCCACGUGCACAUCGUGCACGUCGAGUACCAAGGCCUGCUCGGGAUGACCGUCGGCCAGGCGCACCUCCUCGACGACGUCAUCUCCCUGCUCGAGCUCAGCCCCGAGGACGCGCCCUCCAUCUUCGCGCACAUGACGCUCACGUACGGCCUCGGCGACCAGCACCCGCUCUACACGCCGCUGCGCGCGGCCCAACCCGAGGUCGACGGGCCCGCGGACGACUGACGCGGCGCUGAGGUGAACCAGGAUUCGCGUUCGGAACGAACUUGAAGCUAUUGCUUCGCGCGGGACCGUUGUCCCGCGCUGCUCCCGCUGUGGGAGCCCGGCCCGAUUCGGGCUCGGUGGACGAGUCGAGACGACUCGCAGGUGCAUGGUGCGCCUGGGGGCAUACACCCCCUUCGGAAGUGAUUCCGGAUCAACAGGGACACAUCCUGCUACACUCUCGAUGCGAGAGUCGAGCCAGCGAGGCUUGACGCAGACGCGAGUCCAGCUCGCGGCCUGUAUGUGGUGUGCGUUGGUGGUGCGGCUCUGUGUCCGAGUCCGUUGUGCUGUAAUUGUAUGGUAACAAUCGUGCGUUGGCGAUCGCAAUGGCUUCUUGACCGUUCA